CCUCUCUCACCACUGUAUCGUCAACGUCAGAUCUUGGAACAACGCGCAAUAAUUUGAGGGUUCGGCCAAGAGCUUUCUGAAAUAUCUCGAAGAACAGAUAAAUUUCGAGAGUCACUUAACAGUACUAUCAACAAUAGUCAGCGGGCGUUGUCCUUUAUCUUUCAAAUCAUCAAGACAAAAGCAAGAUCUGCAGACAUGAAGUGCGGCUUCUUCGUAAGCAUCACGAUCACCAUCCUCGUAGUUUUCCCCCAGGUGUACGGCAUGCCACCCGCUCAAUGCAGUCCUGGUCUGCUGGACGAGGUACCGCCAAGGAUUCGCAAAGUUUGUGUAGCCUUAUCCACUAUUUAUGAACUGGGCUCGGCAAUGGAAAACUACAUAGAUGACAAAGUUCCCGUGAUUCACGAAAAUAUUCCGCUCCCGGACAGUGGAGUGAAACGUCAAGACGUGGACCACGUGUUUCUCCGUUUCGGUAGACGACGCUAAGUUGGCUGGGAUCGUGUAGCAUUAACCGAGAUGUCAAGAUUAAAUUUUUAAAAAGAGUACCACACGGAGAGGAGUUGAAGAUAUUAGAAGAAAUAAGAUUCUUUCGGCGUUUUAUUUUUUUAUUUAGAUUAUUUGUAGAUAGAAUAUUCAUCUAUUACUUGUGAAUUAUGAUGCUUCGGCUACACCUGAACCCGAUGAAACCUAAAGAAGGAACUAUGUAAUAAACAAUUAUUCAUUUUAACUUCACGACUGCUAGAAUUAAUUUGUAAAUUCCUCGUUUAUUGAUUUUCAUAAAUUAUUAUCGUUAAUGCUUGAAAUUAUUUUACGAAAGUUAUAGUGAUAAUUGAGAAACUAAUAAAUUAUUUAACGAGACGCUACAGAUGUUACCUAAAUUAAGUAAUAAAUAUAUUGAAAGCUAUUUGAUGUUGAUAAUAACGAGAAUCCAAUCCACUAUUCAUUGAUAAAAAAUUAACUAAAAUAAUAAUAAGCAAUCGAAACCCA